GCCUCGGGGCAGGGCCCGGGCGGGACGCGAGACGCGCCGCGCGGCUCCCCUGGCGGCGGCCGGGUCUCUGCCCUUCCCGCGGGCUCAUCUGUGGGUCGGGCGGAGGCCGAGGCGCGGAGCGGCGGGACGAGAAGGAAGCAGUGCGGAGCCUGGCUUCGGGGCAGCGGGAGCCGGUGGGGGCCCGGCGAGGAGGGCUAGAGGUGGCGGGGCCCGGCGAGGCCACGAUGAAGCCGAGCGGCGAGGACGAGGCGGCGCCCGCCGGAGGCCCCUGGGAGGAGUGCUUCGAGGCGGCUGUGCAGCUGGCGCUGAGGGCGGGACAGAUCAUCAGAAAAGCCCUUUCUGAGGAAAAACGCGUCUCCACAAAAACAUCAGCUGCUGACCUCGUGACAGAAACAGAUCACCUUGUGGAAGGUUUAAUUAUUUCUGAGCUGCAGAAAAGGUUUCCUUCACACAGGUUCAUUGCGGAAGAGUCUGCAGCCGCCGGGGCCAAGUGCGUGCUCACCCCCAGCCCCACCUGGAUCGUCGACCCUAUUGACGGCACCUGCAACUUUGUGCACAGAUUUCCCACUGUGGCAGUGAGCAUUGGAUUUGCUGUAGACCAAGAGCUUGAAUUUGGAGUGAUUUACCACUGCACAGAGGAGCGGCUAUACACGGGCCGGAGGGGCCGGGGCGCCUUCUGCAAUGGCCAGCGACUCCGGGUCUCCGGGGAGACAGAUAUCUCCAAGGCCUUGGUUCUAACGGAAAUCGGCCCCAAACGUGACCCUGCCACUCUGAAAUUGUUCCUGAGCAACAUGGAGAGGUUACUGCACGCCAAAGCUCAUGGGGUCCGAGUGAUCGGGAGCUCCACCUUGGCGCUCUGCCACCUGGCCUCGGGGGCCGCGGACGCCUAUUACCAGUUUGGCCUGCACUGCUGGGACCUGGCCGCUGCCACAGUCAUCAUUAGAGAGGCAGGUGGCAUUGUGAUGGACACUUCAGGUGGACCUCUCGACCUCAUGUCUUGCAGAGUGGUUGCUGCGGGCACCCGAGAAAUGGCGACGCUCAUAGCUCAGGCCUUACAGACGAUUAACUACGGGCGGGAUGAUGAGAAGUGAAAGGGAGCAGAGAGGCAGAGAAAUGCAACCCACGGACUGGGCCUUCCCGGGAAUGCUGGGGCUGGCGGCGAGCCCGAGGGAUGAAGCUGCCUCGAGCGGUCUGCAUGCAUCAAGUGUCUCUGACAAGCCCCAAAGGGAGGUGUUAUGCUAAAGUAUGUGGCUUUCUGGUUAAAUCCACGUCUUUCACCGGGAUGCAGUGUUUAGCUGGUGUCUCUCUUUAAUCUCACACAGCCUUUAUCAGGCUCAUACAAGUUCUUCUAUCAGGGCCAAAACCCCAAUUUUGGAUGAUGUACAUAUUAAAAAUUCAGUCUCUAUGUUUUCCCUCCAGAAUGUAAAUCUCAGGUAAUGCGGCUUUAGAACUGCUGAUAAAGCGGACUUGUUCUCAGGCCCUCCAUCCAUGGUACUUCAGAAUGCAAUAAAUCAAAGUAAUGGCGCUCUGCUUAUCUGUGUCCCU